AUGCAGUACAAGUCUCUCGCAGCUGUCCUCUUCGCCAGCAUGGCCAUGGCCGCCCCGGCCGACACUGAUUCCGCUCUUGAAUCCGCGGCCGGCGAGCUCGAGGAUCUCAUUCCUCCCUCUAUUGCCAUGGUUAUCGCAACUGCCGUCCCAACCUCAUUCUGGGCCGAAGCCACCAACACCGCCGCCUUCCUUUCUCAGGUCGAGCAAGGCAUGGUAUCCAACUCCUGGCCUACCUGGUACAGCAGCCUUCCCGACAGCGUGAAGGAGUACGUCACCACUGCUGUUGAGGACUACUAUCCUUCUUUCGCAUCUUCCGUUGCCGCCGAGAUCACUUCCUCUGGCGGCAGCUCCAGCCCCAGCGCUGCUGAGGCCACCUCCACCGACGCUUCCAGCUCUGAUGCCUCUAGCUCUGAUGCUUCGUCCUCGGCUUCCGGUUCGCCGUCCGGAUCUGCUGCAUCCACCACUGCCGAUGGUGGUGCCGCCCCUACUGGUAUCGCCAUGAGCCUUGCUGGCGCCGCUGGUGUUCUCGGUCUUGCUCUUGCCCUGUAA